CGUGUGACUUUAGCCACUUCCCCGGUCCGCCAUGUUUUGAUUGAAAUGUCAACGCCAUAGAAUAUGGCUGCUUUUAAAUAAUCAAAAAAAUGCGUUAAAAUGUAUCGCCGUUUCGUGUUUUUCCUAAUUUUAGGUUUUUUUCCUAGUUUAAGAUGUAAUCCUGGCGAACUCGCGUUAAAAAUAAUCAAAAGCACCGAAGAUUCCUACACUCCUGUCCUCUCGGCGGUCGUGGAGGAGAAGGCCGGUGCUAAUUUUUCUCUACUCUGUGAUUUAGUGUCUUCCAAAAGCAACAGCAACUACUAUGACUUUCAAAUCUCCUGGAUUAAGCAAUCGAACGAUUUGAGGUUUUGGCGCGAGCAUGACUCCUCCGACAGCAAAAAAAUGUACUCAAUCCUCAAGCCCAGUGAAAUGAAUAAAGCAAUCAAGCACUUCUACCCCCUCAAGUCGGAGGACAGGGGCAAGUAUUUCUGCGUCAGUCUCAAGUACAACCUGCACAAGAGCGUCGAGGUGGUGGUGCGUGACGACAAGCCCCCCAAGGAGCGGCCGUUCAUCCAAGAAACGAUCUUCUGUAGCGAACAGAUGUUUCAGUGUGCGAAUGGGUUUUGCAUUUUUUAUCACUAUGCGUGCGACGGGAGGCCCGAUUGCACCGACGGCUCGGACGAGAGCGACGAGGUGUGCCAUGGGGACCCCUGCAAAGACAAGCUGCAGUGCGAUGACGGCCGCUGUAUACCGACAAGUUGGUGUUGUGACAGGCAUCAUGACCCCAACUGUACGGUGACAAACCGGCCGAAAUGUUGCCAGGUUUUGUCGGAUUCGUAUGAGGAAUUGGAAUAUGGGUCGGCUUCAGUGACGCAGAGCCAUAAUGGGGCCCGAUAUCUCUUUAUAACGAUAUGUACUCUUUGCAUACUCUUCGUCAUUUUGCUCUUCCUGGUGCUCGCCUCUCGUGUGGUCCUCAUGGCCCGCAAAACCGACAUCGAUCACUCAAGCGUCAAUCAGUCGAACAUCGAAAGCAUCAGUUUACAUAAUCAGACAGCUCUCCUAUCUUGUGAUGUUUUUACAUAUCAAAAUAAUUCGCGUUUACCGCCUUCUAGUAACCAUAUCGUCGACAAUUGUGAUGUUUCCGAUCCCUUGUUGUUCACUGAAGAGGAUCAGCCGCCGUCGUACAUCGACGUUAUUCGUGCUCAAAAUUCCGGAUUGAAUUUAAAUGAACCGCCACCACCUUACACCAGCAGAGAGGUGUUGAACGUUCCAGACGAUAAGAGCGAAACAGAGAACUGAUCACACAUUCCUCCUCUCUGCUGUCUCUUCUUCCUGUUGAUAUUACCGUUUUUCCGUUCUCGUAAUCUCCGGUUUUCCAUCCUGAUUAUCCUAAGUAUUUUUUGUCAUUGAAGUAUUUGUGUUUGUACUAUAUUUUAAUCCAUGUAUAUAGGAAGACUACGUUUUAGGGAGCGAUAUCGAAGCGACAAUACUAGACUGUAUUUUAAACUAGUACAAACUGAUUUUAAUCAAAAUUAUAUAUUUUAGUGAAUAAAAAAUGCAAAAAACGUCACGUUUUUUUAACCCCGUAAUUAGCUUUCAAAGGAUUAAAGCAGAGUGCGCUUUUCAUAAAUUUAAUCAAAAGGGAAGCUUUCAACAAAUUCAUUUCAGAAUUAAUUUAUACGAGUUGAGAAAAAAGUGAUGUAUGGGCCCACCAGUACACGAAUUCCGCGUUGCGUGUCUGCCAACAUUAUUUUAAAAGUCGGAUUCCGUCUUGAAUAUUUUAUUUCCUAACUUUGGAAACUUGUGUGACAGGUUGCGAUUUAUACGUUGUCAAUAAUUCAAGUAUAGUUAUCGUCAACGUAUCGUAACCUUGACUCAUUUUUUUCGUUAAUUUUGUUUUUAAUUGGAUGCUAUAACGAGGUCGCUUCUCUCGAGUCUAAAUUUAUUCUCCACUGACCUCUUCCAGUUGAAAGUUAAAUUAAUGGGGACAGAAGGGUAGGAACGAGCGGGGGAAAAAUGCUGUUUGGGGAUUAAAUCAAGAGAGAUGUUUAGAUACGGAAAAAUGAAUGAGGCGGCAAAUUAUAAUGAAUUUUUUGUUCGGCUGAAAAUUAUUUAUGGGGUCUAUUAUUUAUUAAUUCACAAAUAAUGUUUAUUUAUGAUUGGGAAAUAAAAUCAAAAUUACCCAUUCUGUUUAUCUAUCGUAUAAUAUCAAAUUAUUCGCAAUAAUUUAAUAGUGCGUCCAUUUGUCCGUGACAACAACAGCGUAUUGCUUUAAUUAUCGGGGCUUAAUAUAAUAAACAUGUAGGUGUACAUUGUAAUGAAUCACAAAUGAUACAUUUGUCCACCUAGCCCACAGAAACAACAAUUUUAUUGACCAAUUAUAGAAUUUAUUAUUAGCCAUAUGCAAUUGUAUCUCCUGGGAGCCAAAUCUGUACGCAAAAUUGUACACUUGCUGUCAAAGGUAGUGUCGCUUGGGCCCCUAUUUUUGCAAAUGACUGUACAGAUCUUUAAACAAAAAAGCACAAUGUAAGAAGGUUUUAUACACUAUUCAGUAAUCAUUGUCUAUAGGGCCAUGUUGAAUAUAAUUUUUUUAAUCGUUUGAACCUAUAAUAGCAACAAUUGUUACAAUAAUUGUUGUUAGGAGUUUAAGUCAGAAUUAAAGCCAUGAUUAAAGACAA